ACAGAAAACAAGAAAGAGUACAUUCCAACAUUAUUAUGGAUUAGGACUGAGGUGUGUCAGCCUCUAUUUAAAAAGGUUUGUGCGAAAGUUCUCUUCACAGUCCCUCUCUUGAUUUCUCUGGACCUACACAACAUUCAAUUUUUACACCAUGUCAGGACUUUUUACUGCAAUGGCAAUCGUCAAGGCUACCUUUGACAAGUACGCUGGAAAAGACGGAGACAAAACGACGCUGACCAAGGCAGAACUCUCUGAUCUGCUCAAGGCUGAGUUUUUUGAGGGGAAAACCCCAAGCAAAGCUGAAGUGGACGAGUUCUUCAAAAGUCUGGACGUGGAUAGUGAUGGCGUUGUGGAUUACACAGAGUAUGUCACUUUUGUGGCAGCCCUCACCGUGAUCUGCAAUAAGAAAUAAUUACUUUGGCCACAUUGCCUCAGAUCUUUAUUGUCUUAUUUAAUUUGUACUAAAUAAAAAAAACUGAGUGCUCCAACUCGCACCAGCAUUACAUCUAUGAAAUAUGCAUAUCAUUAUGUUCUGAGGAGGAAAACCUGGUUUUUAUGUUGGCUUGUGGGAAUGUAUGUUUCACUGAUUUUGAAUGUCAGAGGUGACUAAUAAAGAAAAAAAUGUUGUCACAUUUUA